AUGUCUCAUACCUCCGGGCUCUCUCGCGCCACCUUUGCGAAGCUCUCCCCCCAUCCUUACCUGCUUGCCAACAUUGAUCCCUCCGACGAUGCAGCUCCAGCUCGAAGCAAUCGUCGGGCCCCUACCGACGUCCGCAUCCCAUCAGUGAACGCGUCAAGCUUGUCGCACGCACAUGGAAGCUCCCUCGUACGGAUGGGCGACACCACUGUCAUCUGUGGUGUUCGAGGCGAGACAAUCCUGACCUCCAAUAUUCCGAGCUAUCGUGCCUCCAACACCGAGACCGAGCUGAAGGAGUAUGAUCUCCUGGUCCCAAACAUUGAGCUUGCCACAGGCUGCGCCCCCCAGUUUCUCCCAGGCGGUCCGCCGAGCACACUAGCACAGACUCUCAGCACGCGUGUCUACUCCCUCCUUCACAGCUCCAAAGUCAUCAAGCCUGAAGACCUGCGGAUAUGGCACACCCUGCCAGCCGAAAACCUUGAAGCAGACGACGAGGAUCGCAUGGAAGAAGACGAACCGGAAACGAAAGAUGGGGAGAAGGUUGUUGUGGCAUACUGGGUACUCUACAUCGAUAUUUUCUUCAUCUCGUUUGAUGGGAACCCAUUCGACGCUGCCUGGGCUGGUACGCUGGCUGCGCUACGAGACACAAAGCUCCCGAGAGCACGAUACGAUGCGGACCGAGAAAUGAUUGUCUGCACUCGAAAAGACCCGAUUCCCCUCACAAUCACCAGUAUCCCAGUUGCCUGCACUGCAGCUGUUUUCACUGGCAAGGAGACGGACCGACCCACUGACGGCAAAUUCUGGAUGCUUGCCGACCCUGACAGGCUGGAAGAGUCACUCUGCGACGAGAGUGUGACUAUUGUGGUGGACUGCAAGGAUGGGGAUAUAAGGAUCUUGUCCAUCUCGAAGCAUGGAGGCACAGCCUUGACUCCCCAGCUUCUCACAUCGAAGCAAUUCUUGAGUUGGGCAACAAAGCGGUGGGAGGGGGUUAACGCGGCAAUCACUCAGUCAUAG